AUGUCCAAACUCUUUAUCGGAGGCCUCGCAUGGCACACUGAUGAGAAUGCUCUCCGUCAGAAGUUCGAGGAAUUCGGAGCCGUUGAAGAAGCCGUCGUUGUCAAGGAUCGCGACACUGGACGUAGCCGUGGUUUUGGUUUCGUCCGCUACGGACAAGAAUCCGAUGCCGAAGCCGCGAUUACUGCAAUGAACAACAUCGAGUUUGAUGGCCGCACAAUUCGCGUAGACAAAGCUUCUGAGCGUGGCUCGGGAGGAGGGAGCGGCGGGGGUUUCUCUCGCGGCGGGGGUGGCGGAGGCUACAAUCGUGGUGGAGGUUAUAACUCUGGCGGUGGCGGUGGAUAUGGAGGAGGCCGUGAAGGCGGAGGAUACGGAGGUCAGGGUGGAGGUGGUUACGGUGGGCAAGGCGGCGGUUAUUCAGGAGGUGGUGGCGGUGGUUACCAAGGAGGCGGACAAGGCUAUGGUCAAGGCGAGCAACAAGGUGGUGGGGGUGGGGGUCGAUGGCAGUAA